GCCUCCCUCUCUCUCUCUCUCUCUCUCUCUCUCUCUCUCUCUCUCUCGUGAAUCUUGUGCUACCAAAUCUUGAUCAUCAUCAUCUUCACAUAAACCCUAGAAAAGCUUCAUACAUAAUCUAACUCCAAAUCAUCAAUCGGACACACAAUCAUCAACCCUAACAGCAGCAAAUCAACAUGGCGGCUUACAGAGCCGACGACGACUACGAUUACCUCUUCAAAUUAGUCCUGAUUGGCGACUCCGGUGUCGGCAAAUCCAAUUUGUUGUCCAGAUUUGCUAAGAACGAGUUCAAUCUUGAAUCUAAGUCGACUAUCGGCGUCGAAUUUGCUACUAGAAGUAUCCGUGUUGAUGAUAAGAUUGUUAAGGCUCAGAUUUGGGAUACUGCUGGUCAGGAAAGGUACCGUGCAAUCACAAGUGCAUACUACAGAGGCGCUGUUGGGGCACUGGUAGUGUAUGACACAUCACGCCACGUCACCUUUGAGAACGUUGAGAGAUGGUUAAAAGAGCUUCGCGAUCACACGGACCCAAACAUUGUGAUAAUGUUAGUAGGAAACAAGGCCGACUUGCGCCAUUUGCGCGCAGUCCCCACUGAGGAGGCAAAAACGUUUGCGGAGAAGGAGAACACAUACUUUAUGGAAACGUCAGCUCUUGAGGCAUUGAAUGUUGAAACCGCAUUCACAGAGGUUCUUACACAAAUACAUCAGGUUGUGAGCCGGAAAGCACUUGAAGCAGGUGAUGAUCCUUCAGCUCUGCCUAAAGGUCAAACCAUUAAUGUUGGGUCAAAGGAUGAUGUUAAGAAAGUUGGUUGCUGCUCUGCUUAAGAAUAUGUUGAGUUAUCUGAGUAAGUAUCCUCUGUUUCAAAUUAUUUGGUCCAUUUGUGUUUUUAUAUGUGUAGGAUUUGAGACAGUUUUCUUGAAGUACAUUUGAUCAUUUUGGGUUCAAGACUAUUAAGUAACAUAUGCGAUUUCUAUGAUUCUUUUUGUAAUAUCAAAGAGUUUCUUUAUAUGACAUUAAUCGAUUCGAUAAA